AGAGGAGCCUGUUCCGCUGCAGCCAGACAGGACAUCUGUUUGGAGCCCGGCUGUGGCAGUGGAGCAUCCGACCCGACAGCGACGGACUCGACCGAGGAGAAAGAAAGAGAAGCCACGAGGGAGUCACGCAGGGGAAGGGAAUGGUCAGAAAAGAGCAACAGCUCGGUUCAGCUGCUAGAGCCUGCCUUUGAUUGGGUGUUAUCUGCGAGGCCAGAGGGGGAUUGUCCGCGCAGGGCGUUCCUCUCCUCUCCCUGCUCCGUUUGGGCUAUAUAAGCCGGGGCUCGGUGGCCGUGGCUCAGACACCAAAAUGAAGUUGAAAAGGGAGAAGCAGAGCUCCGCCAGCAAUGAAGGCUCACAGGGGAAAAUGACACUUGUGCUUGCAGCGGUAACGCUGAUAUCUGCAUUUGGAUCUUCUUUCCAGUACGGGUACAACGUGUCUGUGAUCAAUUCUCCAGCCCCGUACAUGCAAGACUUCUACAACCAAACCUACUACAACAGGACUGGAGUGCCUAUGGAGCAUAGCUUCCAGACGCUGCUCUGGUCUCUUACUGUGUCCAUGUACCCCCUGGGUGGCUUUUUUGGGUCCCUCAUGGUGUGGCCUCUGGUCAACAACUGCGGCCGAAAGGGCACUUUGCUGAUAAGUAACCUCUUAUCUAUUUCUGCUGCAAUCCUAAUGGGAACCUCAGAGCUAGCAAAAACCUAUGAAGUGAUCAUCUUUUCACGUGUUAUCAUGGGAAUAUUUGCUGGUCUGGCUUCCAACGUGGUUCCCAUGUUCCUUGGAGAAUUGUCCCCCAGAAAUCUGAGAGGUGCAAUUGGGAUCGUACCCCAGCUCUUCAUCACCACUGGGAUCCUUAUAGCUCAGAUCCUUGGUCUCAACAUCAUCCUUGGGAAUGCCAAAGGCUGGCCCGUGCUGCUGGCGCUCACUGGGAUCCCAUCACUAAUUCAGCUCCUUAUAUUGCCCUUUUUCCCUGAGAGUCCCAGAUAUUUGCUGAUACAAAAGGGCAACGAAGAGCAAGCACGACGAGCUCUUCAGAAGCUGAGAGGCCGGGAUGAUGUGGAUGAUGAGAUCCAAGAGAUGCACCAAGAAGACCGGUCAGAAAAGGAAGAAGGACAGUUCACUGUGUUCAGCCUGUGCACCUUCAGAGGCUUGAGGUGGCAGCUUAUCUCCAUCAUUGUCAUGAUGAUGGGCCAACAGCUCUCGGGGGUCAAUGCGGUCUUCUACUAUGCAGACAGAAUCUUCCUGUCGGCAGGAGUGGAUGACAACAGUGUUCAGUAUGUCACCGUGUCCAUAGGUGCCAUCAACGUCGUCAUGACCUUGCUUGCUGUCUUCAUUGUGGAAUCCCUGGGAAGGAGAAUCCUCCUCCUUGCUGGCUUUGGAUUUUGCUGUGUCUCCUGUGCAGUGUUAACUAUGGCUCUCAAUCUCCAGGCCACUGUCUCAUGGAUGUCUUACCUCAGCAUAGUGUGUGUCAUCGUUUACAUCAUUGGACAUGCUAUUGGAGCCAGUCCAAUUCCCUUUGUGAUGAUCACCGAGAUGUUCCUGCAGUCAUCCCGGCCUGCAGCGUUCAUGGUGGGUGGCUCUGUGCACUGGCUGUCCAACUUCACUGUGGGGCUUGUGUUCCUCUACAUGGAGGCCGGACUGGGGCCCUACAGCUUCCUCAUCUUCUGUGGCAUCUGCCUCGCCACUAUAGUUUACAUCUUCUUCAUUGUUCCUGAGACUAAGAACAAAACCUUCAUGGAAAUCAACAGGAUCAUGGCCAAGAGGAACAAGGUGGAGAUUCAGGAAGACAAAGAAGAGCUUAAGGAUUUCCAGGCUGUCCCAGGUGGGCAGGCAGAGAAGAAGGAAAUCUUCAGCCAUAAGUUCUGACCCAGCCCAGUGUUGGCCCAGACAUUUUCCAAGAUCCAUUCAGUGGGAGAACAAAUACAUGGAUUAUUUUUUUGAUACU